UAUAUAUCUUAAAUUCUCACUCAAUUGAUUGUAUAGUAUCGUUUUAAACCUUCACAUGGUUCUGCUCUGAGUAAAACACUUGGUACAAUACGUGCUGAUAAAGAUGUUAAUCGUAAUGAAACGGCACUAUCAUCAACAAGAUCAUUAAUAAAUCAAUAUAAUCCAUUACAUACAAUAUCAAUUCAUAAAUUAUAUACAAUAGAUUUAGAUAUAUCUGCUAAAUGGAUUGUUUCAUCAAUAGCAGAUCGAAUAUUUAUAUGUGAUAAUGAAGGUGAAGUACGUAUUUUUUCAUAUUCUCGUCGUCGUCGUCGACAACCAUUAUUAACUGAACGUUUUCAUUUAUUAAAUAUACGUCUUAUAUCAUCAUUUACUGUUACACAUGAUUAUUUAAUUGCAUUUGAAAGUGAUACACAAAUGAUUACAUUACAUACACAUCAUGGUGGAUUACUUGUUCGUUUAAAUUUUUCAUAUGAUCCUAUAAUGAUUGUUCGUUCUGAUUAUUUAACAAAAAAUCAAAUUUGGUCAUGUAGUCGUACAAAACGUCAAUGUUUUCAAUUUGAUAUAAAUCAUAUAACAAAAGAAAUAAUUCCACUUGAACAAUUAGAUUUUAAAUAUUCAAUAUCAAAUAUUUUAAUUGAUCCUAUUGGUAUAUCAAGUGAUGAACAAGGUCGUAUUGCUGUACAUGAUAUUAAUGAAGUAACAACUGAUCGUUUAUUAAUUUUUACAAAUGAUCAAAAUAUGAUUAUACCACUUGAUUCAAUAAAAUAUGCUGAUCGACAAAUAUCAUCUCAAAUUGAACGUGUUUUAUUAGUACCAAAACAAUCAAAUUUAAUUGUUAUACUUUAUGCACCACAAUCAACAAUAACAAAUUUACAUGAAAUUGUUAUUGUUGAUAUAGAAUUACGACCAGCACGAAUACUUUAUCGUCUACAAGAAGUAAAUGGUAUUGAAAAUAUUGAUGUAACAUUAAAUGGUGAAUUAGUUUAUAGUGUUACACCACCAGUAAAUAAACGAAUCAUACCAAAAAUGCAUAUUUAUAGUUUAAUUAAUUAA